CUAAGGGGUCUUAAAAGUCAAAAUUUGUUGUUCCAAUUCCAAACAAAACAUCCCCACAAGUGAAAGUGAAAGUGAGCCGGCGGCGAUGAGAAGCAAGCCGAACAUACUGGUGACCGGUACACCGGGGACAGGGAAGACUACGACGUCGUCUGCGUUGGCAGAGGCAACUCACCUGCGACAUAUUAACAUCGGAGACCUUGUUAAGGAUAAAAAGUUGCACGAUGGUUGGGACGACCACCUCCAAUGUUACAUCAUCAACGAAGAUCUCGUUUGUGAUGAACUUGAGGAUAUAAUGGAAGAGGGAGGGAUCAUCGUGGACUAUCACGGAUGCGAUUUCUUUCCAGAACGAUGGUUUGACCGUGUGGUUGUGCUCCGAACAGAAACCUCCGUUCUUUAUGACCGUUUGAGCAAACGGGGUUACGCGGGUGCAAAGCUUACCAACAAUAUUGAAUGCGAGAUCUUUCAAGAGCUGCUGGAGGAAGCGAAAGAGAGUUACAAAGAGGAGAUCGUUCUGGCGAUGAAAAGCGACACUGUUGAGGACAUGAAUAGGAACGUAAGCGAGAUAACCGAGUGGGUUUCGAGCUGGAGCUCCACCACCUGAUCCGUUUAACGGGUAGAGGUACUUUUGUGGAGUAUACAGUAUGUGACUUUUUCUUCCGGACACAUAUUUCUUUUUGUGAAAUUUAGGGGCUUUCUUAUCAUAUUGUGUUGAAAUAUGUCUUGUUUAAAGAUGUUUUUAUUAGUAAAAUUGUUGAGUGAUCGACAUCCUUAUUAUUCGAUCAUUUUCAACCUUAUACAGUUCUUAUUCUAUGUUGAAAUAUGUCGUGUUCGAAGAUGUUUUUAGUAAUAUAUCACUACAGUUUUUUUCUUUAA